CCCAUUGAGUAUCAAAGCCAAUUUAUGACUGGCCAACAUGUGCACGUGAUCCCAUACAAAUACCCCAUAUUUGGGCAGCGCGCGUCGGAUCAAGAAUUAAAAAAAAAAAGAUACCAAAGCCUACUCCACCUAUAAAUCCUGGAUUAUUUUUUUAAGGGCAGACAGCUCUGAAUUUUCCAAAAGCGGCUACAAAGAAAAGCAAUGAUCAACAAAAACAAGGAAAUAACCGCAACAUAACAUCCUGCAGCCCUGUCUAGUUUAGAAAAGAAAGUAUCGCUGGUAGUUGAAAAUGAGCUCUUAUGUUGACAGCUCCAAUCUCAGGCAAACAAGCGAGACAACUUCUCCUAACACUAUGUUUAGUUUCGAUCUAUCUGGGCGCACGUCCAGCCGUUAUGAGGAUGUUAAUGUGAACGGGAUAUUCACUUGUCCCGUCCCCACGACCUCUGUCGAACGGGAGGAGAUGAAAACUAGCCUGCGUGGCAAAACGGAUACUCCUCUCCCGGCAGGACCACAGAUAACCAUGGUCUCCAGUAGCUCGUCCAUGGACGGGAGCGGGCUCAACUACGGCGGCGGCGGCUGCGGCGGUGGGGCCACGCUACUGCUGGGACGAGGGGCGGACAGGGAGCCGGAGAGGAGCGCGAAAUCCGGCGGCAACAAGAGCCAGGAGGGCGAACGAAACGCGGAGAAAGCGCAAUCGGUGAAACGAAACGCAAACGUGAGCCAGCGUCAGGACAGUGAGCAGCGGCCACAGAUUUAUCCAUGGAUGACAAAACUGCACAUGAGCCACGAAUCGGAGGGUAAGCGGUCCAGGACCAGUUACACCCGCUACCAGACUCUGGAGCUGGAGAAAGAGUUUCACUUCAACCGGUACCUGAGCCGCCGCAGGCGCAUAGAGAUCGCCCACACCCUGUGUCUAAACGAGAGGCAGAUCAAAAUCUGGUUCCAGAACAGGCGAAUGAAGUGGAAGAAGGACUCAAAGAUCAAAGUGAAGGAGUAAAAAAAAAAAAAAAAAAAAAAAAAAAAAUGAGAGAAAAGAAAAAGUGCACCAGUGAACGGGGGUGCAUGCAGCACGUUUUCAGCCCCACACUGCACAGUGCUGGAGUGCCUGCCUGACCUCCGGAUGAACUGCUAGGAGCAAUGACAUCAUGACACCGCUCUGUGUGCUUCAUCACCAAUUAUGUGUCACUUGCUGCAGUUUGGGACCUAAUGUAUUGAAUAUCACUCACUUUGAUCAAUCGGUUUACAUUUCUAAAUUAAUUUGCUGCCCAUGCGAUGAUAACCUCACUUUGCUGCACGAAGGAGACAAGAGGUUGAGGGGAGCAGGGGUCCUUCACGCUGCAAGGCUUUUUUUUUUUUUAGGGGUCUGCAGCUGCACAAUGCUACUAAUAAUCUAUGUUUUUAAUUAGGAUAAGAGUAUAGUGGAGGCUGGAUGACAGCAUGCAUCAUUUCCAACUCUAUAUCAUCAACGUGUGAUAAAACUUUUAAGACCAACGAAGUCAAAUGAAGGCAAAAUAGUUCUGACUACUUUGGUAGUCAUAAUGAUUAUGAGCUGUCUUGUAAGCAACAGUUAAAUACUUUCCCGACCUCUUCUCUCCCCUUUUUUUGAAAAACACAUUUACUCUGAUAUGUUGCAGUGCAGAGUUAGGAAGUGGUUGGAUGUGUGAUGUCUGUUGUUAGUGAGUGGAUUUUUUUUCUCCUGUGAAGGCACCGUCCAUGUUGUCUGUCAUAUCCUUGUGAAUCUAAAUCUUUAUGUAUAAUUCAGCGACUGUAUGUGAUGAUAUUGUGAUGUGCAAUGAAGCCAUUUCUCUCUCUCUCUCUCUCCUUUGUAAACUUUAAGGUGCCUGGUUUACACAAGGCCUAGAAUAACUGAUAGAUGGCUCGUUUGUUGAAUGUAACCAAUAAAGUCUCAUCAUUAAAAGUGAGAAAAUUU